AUGUCCGAUACUGAAUCAUUUUUCGAUGGCGAUCUUUUCGCUGAGCCUAGUGAUUACUAUAAACCUCCUCCAGAACCUCAUUUUGCUACAUAUGUGAGGGAAACAGUACCAGAAACGUCCGAGAACCAAUCUAAGGAGGUUAAAUUGAGACUCGUGGGAUCUUCUCCGCUUUGGGGUCAUCUUCUAUGGAACGCCGGGAUUUACACUGCUAAGCACUUGGACCUUCAUCCAGAACAAGUUCAGGGCAAGUAUGUGCUUGAAUUAGGCGCGGCUGGUGCACUUCCCAGUGUGAUAGCAGGUCUUCUUGGUGCAGAGAAGGUUGUUUCUACUGACUAUCCUGAUGCGGAUUUAAUUUCAAACAUUCAAUAUAACGUGGACCAUAAUAUUUACGGAGGUGAAGAGCUAUCGCAAGAUGAGGAAACUCGUUCGAAACAAAUAGCUGAGAGGAAAGUGGUUGUAGAGGGGUACAUUUGGGGUAAUGAAUACGAACCUAUAGUAAAACAUUUGCCAGAUGGCCAAAAGAAAUUUGAUCUCAUUAUUUUGUCUGAUCUUGUGUUUAACCAUACCGAGCAUCAGAAACUAUUCAAGACUACAAAAGAUCUUUUGAAGGAUGAUGGAAAGGCUCUAGUGGUAUUUUCUCCUCAUAGACCAUGGUUGUUGAAAGAGGAUCUAGCGUUCUUUGAUAAUUGCCGUGAAUUUGGCUUGAAAUCUGAGCUUAUUGAAUUGACUCAUUGGAAACCUAUGUUUGAUGAAGAUGAAGAAACUGUCGAAAUCAGGUCAAGUAUCUACGCUUAUUAUUUGACUCACUGCUAA